ACCAGGAAAAAAAUUAUCUACUCCCGCCUCGCCUUCCUUUUUUCCCCUCCAUUUCCCCCCUCUGCCCGCUCUCUUCCUUUCACAACUCUCCCCCCUCAAAAAAAUAUCAGCCGUCUUUUGCUGGGUAAUUCCGCCUGUCGACAUCUUCCCUUCGAUUUUUUAGACAUCUUCCAGUCAAUCCUUCAAAAUGUCCAACGACGACGCCCAGCAUGAGAUGACCUUCGAGUCCACCGACGCCGGUGCGUCUCUCACCUUCCCCAUGCAGUGCUCUGCUCUGCGCAAGAACGGUCACGUCGUCAUCAAGGGCCGCCCCUGCAAGAUUGUCGACAUGUCUACCUCCAAGACUGGCAAGCACGGUCACGCCAAGGUUCACUUGGUCGCCAUCGACAUCUUCACCGGCAAGAAGCUUGAGGAUCUCUCUCCCUCCACCCACAACAUGGACGUCCCCAACGUCUCCCGCAAGGAGUUCCAGCUCAUCGAUAUCUCCGACGAUGGUUUCCUCUCCCUCAUGAACGACGAUGGUGACCUCAAGGACGAUGUCCGUCUUCCCGACGGCGAGAUUGGCGAGAAGAUCAACAAGCUCUUCAAGAUUGACGAGAAGGACACCAACGUCGUCAUUCUUACCGCCAUGGGUGAGGAGGCCGCCGUUGAGGCCAAGGAGGCCCCCAAGCAGGGUUAAGCGCUGCAAUUCUACCAUAUCAUCAGACAAUGACUUCCACAAGCGCUCAAUUCAAGCGGCCUUGCUGGCAGAUGUUGGCAGACUGGGGACAUUUCUUGCGAUAUUUCUUGGCGCUUCGAAAUUAACGGUAUCCCCGUCAGUCGUUGCGUAGGCUAUAUCUGGACAGGACUUGAUACUGGGUACGCGAACUUGACAACUGCAAGACAUGUCGCACGACUUUUUUCCUUUGUUUUGUCUGUCCCACAGACUCUUAACGACGAUCAGACUAGCAAUGGGAUAGGUGAAAAAAAAUGGGAGAGCCUCGCGGUGGCAGCAGAUUUGUCCGAUGGAAAAGCGGUACAUAUCUCCACCACGCGGUCUCUGUUUUUCGUUCAAACUCUACGUACAGAUUUAGUGAAAACGCC